AUGGAGGAGGUGGCCAAGAGAGCAAGACUCGCCAGUCAGAACCUAGCCGGUUCUAGCGAAGGCCUGCGGAACAAGGCUUUAGAGGCCUUCAAGAAGCAUUUGCUGGAGAAGCGUGCGCUUAUCGAAGAGGCAAAUGCCCAAGACAAGGCAGAGGCCGAAGUUGCAGUCAAAGCAGGCAAACUGUCCAGUUCGCUGUUCAAGCGUUUGGACGUUAGUGGCGCGAAGUUUGACACUCUCCUGAAGGGCAUUGAUGAGAUCUUGAGCCUGCCAGACCCGAUUGGCCAGGUAACGUAUGCAAAUAAGGUUGCUGAAGGUUUGAACUUAUACCGGCUGACAUGUCCGAUCGGAGUUCUCCUCAUCAUUUUUGAGGCUCGACCUGAUGCCGCUGUUCAGAUUGCAUCGCUAGCUAUGAAGUCUGGCAAUGCCUUACUCCUCAAGGGUGGCAAAGAAGCGCAGCGAUCCAAUGCAGCUCUUGUGACCGCAAUGUCUGCAGCUUUGCAAGAUGUCGGCCUUCCUGCGGAUUGCAUUCAAGGGGUUGACACCCGCACAGAAGUGGCGGAGCUCUUAAAGCAGGAUAAGUACAUCGACUUGGUCAUUCCAAGAGGUUCCAAUGAGUUGGUCAGGUCUAUCAAGGAUGCCUCUCGCAUUCCUGUUAUGGGCCAUGCAGAUGGAAUCUGUGCCGUCUAUGUCGACAGCAAGGCAGACCUCGAGAAAGCCGUGAAGAUCGUUGUCGACUCCAAGACACACUACUGUGCGGCGUGCAACUCGAUGGAGACGCUUUUGGUCCAUGAAGAUGUGUGCGCAUCUUUUCUGCCCAAGCUCGCAGUGGCGUUGGAAGCAAAGGACGAUGUGCACUACAAGGCAGAUCCCAAGUGCUUACCCCAUCUACCGGUAGCCCUUUCCGAGCCGGUGACGGAAGAUGAUUUUGACACCGAAUUCCUGUGUCACACUAUGGCUGUCAAGGCAGUUACUUCUGCCCAGGAAGCUAUUGACCACAUCAACAGCCACAGCUCUGGGCACACGGAGAGCAUCGUCACGGAAGACCCCAUGAUCGCCGAAGCCUUUCUCAGCCGGAUUGACUCGGCCGGUGUCUACCACAACUGCUCGACACGAUUUGCUGAUGGCUUCCGCUACGGCUUUGGAGCAGAGGUAGGCAUAUCCACAAAUCGAAUCCAUGCACGAGGACCCGUCGGCCUGGAGGGUUUGGUCAUCCACAAAUACCGGAUGUAUGGAGAUGGCCACACUGUCACAGGAUUCGCAGGCACAACUCCCGAGCAUGCAUUCGUGCAUUCCCCGGUACCUGGGGUGGCACGCGUCGACGACAUCCCGCAGGCAAAGAAAGCCAGAACUUAA